AUGUCGCACGCAUCACCAUUACCCGCGCAGCAGCAGCCGCAGCCACCGCUACCAGCAGACACCACACAUCCCUCGCUCUCACCACCCCCGUCCGCCCUCCGCAACAGCGCACAUCUUCCCGCCUCCUCUGCUUCAUCUUCCACCGCGCGCGCCAGCACCUCGGCACUCCCUUCGGUCCAGUUCGACGAACAGAGCCUCCUCGCAAGCCCUUCCCUCCACCGCGAACGCCUAUCGAGCUCAAACGGUCACUCCAACAGCGACCACCCGCCCUCGGCACAAACACCACCCACCAGCUCACCCAAGGUGGCCUCCGUCUCCCUUGGCGCUCCCGGCUUCGAACACCUCCGCUCGCCAUCAUCACAGCGCACGCGCUCUCAGCGCCAGCAGCAGCAGCAGCGCAGGGAAAACGGCGCAUCCUCGGCCUCGACCGUACGCCCGUCCACAGAGUCCAACAACACCCGCACCACGUCGCCCAGGAUGAACCCCAGCAGCAGGAUCAACAGGCUAGCCAACCCCAGCCCCGGCUCCUCGUACAGGGCCUCGUCGACAAGGGGCUGGAACAGGCCAGUCGUCACCAUCCCCUCGUGGGCCAGAGACGAAUCCCCUAGCCCACCCCUCUCGCCCACUUCGAGCAACAUCACCUCGACCACCGCAUCGCGCAACAACGCAAACGGCGGCAGCAGCAUCAACAGCGCCAGCAAUGCCACCGCAGAUCGCGCCCUCGCCCCUUCGCCUACCACGAAGCCCGCACCCCGCCUCGAUGCCAGCGGCCAGGCCGUCACGGCGCCCAGUCCAGAGCCAGCACACGAACCCACCGACGGGGCCACCGCCGAGGCCACAAAUACCUGGCCCAGCGCACCCGGCACCGCCACGCAUACCAUCACCGAGGAGCCCGGCGAGGCUGCGCUCGACUCGCCCGAACGCUGGUGGACCUUCACCCUGCCGCAAAAGUACCGCACUCGCCUGCAUGAGCAUCACCUCAAGAUGUCGUUCCACCACCAGCGCCUCAAGGAAAACGCAGAGGCCAACGGUGCUGCCGCUCCUCCCGCCCACGGCACUACUGCGGACAAGGACACAGCCAGGGGGAAACCAACGCCUCAGCGCUCCGGCUCGGGGCCCAAGGCCAAGCCGCCCAAAAAGAAGCGCACCAACUCGUCGCGCGAGGACUCGGUGGGAAGCGACUACGAGUCCGACGACGGCGACGACGACGGCGGGCGGAGGGGCAGGUUCUUUGACGACGGUCUCGCCGCCAAUUCGGGCGCCGGGGCAGCCGCGGGACUGGGCGAGAGCGGGCUGCUCAAUUGGAGGCACGGCGGCCAGCGUCCCUCGUACUUUGAGAAGCGACACUCGUCGCAGUCGGCCGAGCGCACCCUCACACCCAGCGGCGAAGGCCAGAGGCCCGGCGACCAGCAGCAGCAGCACCAGCAACAGCGACAGCCGAAGCGGUACAGCGACGACGACGGCAACAGCGACGGCGACCAAGACGGGCAUCAGAAUAGCGACGUCGAUCUCGAGAAGCAGCAGAACCAGCAGCGGCAGCAGCAGCAGCAGCUCGACGAGAAAGAGUACCCGACCAUGUCGUUCAAGGCGCGGAUGGAGCACCCGGACGUCUACACGGUGCACCAGCCCGCCACGCCAGGCUGGGCGUCGCCGUGGAAGCCAGAGGAGCGCGGCGGCGGCCACUCGAUCGAGAUCGACGGGUACCGCUUCCGGCCCAACGGCACGGGAUACUUUCCGCGCACCGACACGGGGCGGUCGUCGCGGCGGCGGCGGCGUGCGUGGCUCGAGUGGUGGAAGAACUUCCUCAUCCACAACCCCUUCGUCCCGCUGCUCUUCCGCUUCCUCAACAUCAGCUUCACGACGGCGACGCUGGCGGUGGCCAUUGAGCUGUUCCAGACGCUGCACGAGCAGCAGGCGACGGACGCCGUGGGCUCGUCGCCCGUGGUGGCCAUCGUCUUUGCGCCGCUGACGCUGGUCCACAUUGCGUUCCAGAUCUGGAUCGAGUACUUUGGCCGCCCGAUUGGGCUCUGGACGGUGCAGUCCAAGCUCUUCUACACGAUCAUUGAGCUCAUCUUUAUCUGCUUCUGGUCGGCCGAGCUGUCGCUGGCGUUCGACAACUACUUUACGUCGACGCUGGUGUGCGUCAGCUUCGGCAACCCAUUUGGAGGGUCCAACAACCGGGACCCGCAGCCGCUGCUCGACAUGUCCAAGAAGCCCUACCUCUGCCGGCUGCAGGGCGCGCUGAUUGGGCUGGUGUUUGUCAGUCUGCUGGCAUACCUGAUCGUCUUGACGGUGUCGCUCUUCCGCAUCUUUGUCCGCGUCACUGGCGGCCGCCGAUAA